AUGAUGAACCAGCAGCAGCAGCCUGUUAUCGUGAUCAACCAAAAGGUUGAGCGUGAAUCUGGUCGAAAAGCACAAAUGAACAAUAUCGAGGCCGCCAAAACUGUUGCUAGUCUUAUCAGCAGUACGCUCGGCCCCUGUGGAAUGCUCAAGAUGAUUCUAGAUCCUAUGGGUGGCACUGUGCUUACGAACGACGGUAACUGUAUUUUGCGCGAGAUAGACGUAGUGCAUCCAGCGGCGAAGCACAUGCUUGAGUUGGCCCGUUCUCAAGACGAGGAGGUCGGCGAUGGCACUACCACAGUCAUCAUCCUCACUGGGGAGAUCCUCAGCCUGGCUCAGCCCCUGCUGGAACGCAAUAUUCACCCGCUUAAAAUUGUCAAGGGUCUCACUCUGGCGCUAACUGACGCCUUGGCAGCUGUUGAGAGGAUUGCUGCUACGAUCGAUCCGACCGAUAAGAAGAAGCUGGAGGAGGUUGUGUGCGCGUGCUUGGGUACAAAAUUCAACUCUCGUGAGGAAGUUUUAAUGUGCCGUCUGGCAGUUGAGGCGACGCUUCGAGUGGUACGCGAGGACAAGAUCACCGGCGUAAAGGACAUCGAUAUAAAACGUUAUGCAAAGAUUGAGAAGAUUCCAGGUGGAUCUGUGCAAGAUAGUGAGGUUUUGGAUGGUGUCAUGUUCAAUAAGGAUCACAUCCACUCGAAAAUGAGGCGCCGCAUUGAGAACCCUCGGUUGAUUCUUUUGGAUUGCCCGCUGGAAUACAAAAAGCCGGAGACGACGAUUAAUGUCGAGAUCACUAAGGACACAGAUUGGGAGGCUCUGCUCAAGCAAGAGGAGGACUAUGUACGCACGAUCUGCAAUGUAAUUAUUUCUUUCAAGCCCGAUGUGGUGAUCACGGAGAAGGGAGCCUCCGACCUGGCGGCGCAUUUCUUGUAUAAGGCAGGGAUUACAUGUAUUCGUCGUCUACGUAAGACAGACAACAACCGUGUCGCGAGGGCCACCGGCGCCAUCAUUGUUAGCCGUGUUGAGGAGUUAAAAAAUGAGCACAUCGGUAAGGCGGGGUUGUUUGAGAUUAAAAAGAUCGGCGAUGAGUACUUCACCUUUAUCACAGGCUGCCCCACGGGCACGGCGUGCAGCAUCGUACUUCGUGGCGCCAGCAAGGACACCCUCAACGAAAUUGAGAGGAACAUACACGACGGCAUGUGUGUAGCGCGAAACAUCAUCCUUGAGCCGCGCAUCGUAUACGGGGCUGCUUCCUGCGAGAUGCAAGUCUCCGCACAGAUGAUGGCGAAGUCCAAGACGAUUGGUGGGGUGGAGCAGGCAGCGUACCAGGCGGUGGCGAUGGCGCUCGAGGUGGUGCCGCGCAUUCUGGCCAGCAACUGCGGGGCGAAUGUCAUUCGCACGGUUACGGACCUUCGUGCGCGGCAUGUGAACCCAGAUGCUUGGUACUGGGGGGUUGACGGCGUUACCGGGAAGAUUGUGGAUGUGCGAACUAUUAAAGUGAUUGAACCAGCGGCAGUUAAAGUGCAGGCCCUGAAAACUUCAAUUGAGGCCGCCGCCAUGAUUUUGCGUGUAGAUGAUGUCGUAUCGGGGACAAAACUUCGUCAAGAACGUGGUGCAGAGGCCCCUGCAGCGAAGGAACAACCUGAUGACGACCCGGAAUCGGCUGCUGCAGUGGCGGCCGAGUAA